AUGGCUGCAGCUAUGCAGCAGCAACAAGACGUAUUCAUGCGCCAGCAACGAGACAUGCAUGCCCUCAGAUGGAAUCUUUGGGGAACAGAGAUCGCAGGAAAGCAUCCCGAGAAAGAUAUAGUCGAGGCGAAGUUCCUUGAAAAAUACUUCCCCUGGUCAUGUAGGAAUGAGAAGAUAGCUCAGUUCUUAAAGCUGGAGCAAGGCAGUCUGACCGUCGCCCAAUAUAAGGCUCGGUUCAAUGAACUUUCUCAAUAUGUGCCGAAAGCCCUGGAAGAUGCUGAGUACAAAUUACAGAAAUUCAAGGAAGGACUUAGGCAGGGAAUCCAGUCACGACUAUGUGCCUGGGACUUCGAAGACUUCACCAAGCUGGUGGAUAAGGCUAUAAGAGUCGAAAAUAAUUUUGAACGCGCCCUAAGGACCCGUUCCUCAGCUAGGGAAGCCCUAGUCAGGCCCAGACAGGCGCCUCCGGCCCCAUUUGCAAGGAGGGCCAGGGUCAUGCUUGCAGGUGCACCCCCCAUGCCUCCCGUAAAAGGCUGCGAGUACUGCCACAAGAUCGUGCAUUCCGCACGAAGUUGUUUAAAAAAGAUGAGAGAUGAAGGCAUCGCUCCACUAGCAAGUCACCCUCAGACAGGGCUAGUAGCUGCCAGGCCAGCACUAAGGCCGCAGAUGCAGAGAUCGGGACCUCUAGUCCACCAGAGGGCCCCUACUCGCGUAUUCGCUGUAGCCACGACAGACACUGAGGAAGACCUCCAUCAGACCAUUCACGGUACCGCUCACAUACAUGGUACCCUUGUCUUUCUCUUAUUUGAUUCUGGUGCAACCAUAUCUUUCAUGGACUCUACUAUUGCAAAUAGACUAGGGCUGAACAUAACUCGCAUACAUGCUCCCUUAGUCGUAGCAUCCCCCAUGGGUAAAUUCCUUGAAACAGACAAGAUAUGUAAAGAUUGUCCCCUUACUCUCGCACACCAUGAAGUGGCUGUGGACCUAAUCCUCAUGCCUAUGAAACAAUUCGACAUCAUGCUCAGGAUGGAUUGGCUUUCUCAAGUUCGGGCAGUAAUGGACUGCCACAACAAAAUGGUCACCAUAACAGUCCUUGGGCAGGCCUCCUUCACUGUAAAAGGGAAAAUAUUUCAAGAGAUACUAGGACUACCCCCAAGGCGAGCAGUAGAUUUCUGCAUCAACCUCAAACCAGGAACUGCCCCUAUAUCAUUACCACCGUUCCGAAUGCCCCCAUGUGAAAUGGAAGAGCUUAGGAAGCAGAUAGAUGAGUUGAUGACAUAG